AUUGUUGAUAGUUCAGUCUAAUUCCGACCACCGGUCGCGUCGUGUGUGCGUCGCGCAUGUUAUCGCGGUAGACUUUGUGCUUUGCAUCCUCCGCCGCCAACAUUGGCCCGCCUGCGUAGCCGGUCCCGCCCGUCCUCGAACGACCGUAGUUCGAGGCUGGUGUUUGCGUGCGCUUCUAAAACGAAUCUUAUUUCUACGUUGGUGGAAGAGCUUUACGCUGAACACAACACACGUCAAUUGAUCGACGAUUGAGAACGUGAAGAACCGCUCGAAACCCGUGUGCCUCGUGUCACUCGCGUAGACACAUACAGCCGAAGUUCGUGGUCGAAUCUCAAUUCAAUCAGCCGCAAGACGUUUGGUGUGCGCGGAUCUCGAUCCGCGGGGUUACUACAGCCCGUGGGACUGCUGAGUUUUGGAGACAAGCCGACACUUUCACUUUUGCACGGUCGACGAAAGAGAGCAAAAAAAAAAAGUUUAAAGUUUUUGGACGAAAGUUACGCUACCGGUUUGCUUAGUUUAAUGUGCGGUGCCUCGGUGCGUUCCUGUGCACAGCAGUGUGAAAUGGACAUUCGAGUGCUUUGCACGACCAGUGUGAUGUGAUCUUUACGCGAGCGAUGUGUUAAUUCUCCCGACAAACCCUCCAGUGGUUUCGAGAGGACAUGUGUUUUGUGUUCCAUAAGCUGAAGUUUUACAAACCUUUACAGUGCUCCCUAGAGCAUCACCGGUUUUCACCGGGACCGCCAGUAAAGAAUACUCUAAAUCCAUUCAGUUUCGGCACCGAGGAUUAAGAAACGAUGCCUAUCUGUACGCUACCGACGGUGACAAUUUACGAGGACUUUGAUAAGCUCAGUGCGAAGGAAGUGUACUUCACGGAGUCGGGCGAUAAGGUGACGGUCAAGCUGCUCCACUUUCCCAACCUCAGCCCCGAAGAGCAGGACCAUCUGAAGACCAUGUCGGACAGUGGCGACGAGCAUGGCGGUGGCAACAGUGGAUCCGCCGGUGCCGGGACCUCUAGCGAAUCGGUGCCACGCAGUCGGAAGAAGUCCUUCACCCGGAAGCUUUCCAACGAUGCGCGCAAAUUUUCGGCCCUUACUAGUCGCAAAAAUUCGAAGGACGCAGAGCUGACCGCACCGGCACCGAAUGCUUCCAAUCUUCCACCAAACACGGGCGGGCAGCAUCAUCAUCACCACCAUCACUACCACCACCAUCAUCACCAGUACGUGCAGCAGCAACAGCAGAAACCGCAUCAGAACGUUGGCGCGUAUCAUCAUCAACAUUAUCAGCAAUCGGCUCCGUUGCGGCAGCGGACGCAGAGUUCGUCCCACUCGCAUUAUCAAAAUCAGCUUCCAAUACUGCAACAUCCGGCAGCGGAUGCUGGAUUUGGCGGUAGGCCCGAGCAUGUGGGCGGAGGUGGCUCGCUGCGAUACCGGAUCGGUGCAAAUCGGUCACCGUCGCCCCGCCAGUCCGCCAGUCUCUGUCCAGGGUACGAGCAGUACCAGAUGUCACUGCUGGAGGUACCGAUGCCACGUGAUUAUGGCGAUGCAUCGAGUGACGAUCUGAGCUCCGAAUGGGACUCGGACGUUCCGGACGUUCGACAUGAAUCGGGAGCGAAGCCGUCUGGAUGGCGUAAGUUACGCAACAUCGUUCAGUGGACCCCGUUCUUCCAGACGUACAAAAAGCAGCGUUACCCUUGGGUGCAGCUAGCUGGACAUCAAGGAAACUUCAAAGCCGGACCGGACCAAGGAACGGUGCUCAAGAAGUUGUGUCCCAAAGAGGAAAAAUGUUUUAAGGUUCUGAUGAAGGAUGUCUUGAGACCUUACGUACCAGAGUACAAGGGUCAGGUCAACAGUGAAGAUGGAGAAUCUACAUAUAUCCAGCUGCAGGAUUUACUCAGCGACUUCUAUCAGCCGUGCGUUAUGGACUGUAAAAUAGGCGUUAGAACCUAUCUGGAGGAGGAACUGUCGAAAGCCAAAGAGAAGCCGAAACUUCGAAAAGACAUGUAUGAAAAAAUGAUACAAAUCGAUCAAAAUGCCCCCACUGAGGAGGAGCACCGUGCUAAAGGUGUCACCAAGCCACGCUACAUGGUGUGGAGGGAAACCAUUUCCAGUACGUCUACGCUCGGAUUUCGAAUAGAGGGCAUUAAAAAGAGCGAUGGAACGAGUUCGAAGGAUUUCAAAACGACCAAAUCGCGGGACCAAAUAUGUGAAGCGUUCCGCGAAUUCACCGACGGAUUUCCUCAUGCUAUGCCUAAAUAUAUUCAGCGACUAAAGGCAAUCCGGGCAACGCUGGAAUAUUCGGAGUUUUUCAAAAGUCACGAGGUGAUAGGCAGCUCCCUGCUGUUCGUUCACGACCGGCACAAGGCGAGCGUAUGGUUGAUUGACUUUGCCAAAACGGUCGCACUCCCGGAGACGGUGGCAAUAACGCAUGACAGCAAGUGGAAGGUGGGCAAUCACGAGGACGGAUAUCUGAUCGGGAUCAACAAUCUUAUCGACAUCUUCAGCGAAGUGCACGAUCGUCAAGCCGUUCAAACACUGACCGAGCGAAUACCGAGGCUUUCCCUGCCGGACGAUAGCAACGGUAUCGAUGGGGACCUGCAACGGCACGACGGAUGUAAUCGGAACGAUCAGAUCUCACCUACCACCACAUUGCCCACUGUCUCCGGCCGGUGUGGCGAUAAAAUGAACUGCGUGAACAAUAACAAUAACGAUUACGACUGCAAACCAGAUGAGCAGAAACUGGUGGGCAGCAACACCUCGGACAGUGGCGUAGCCAGUGGCGUAUUUAUGAGUGCCGGGGCCCUAAGCAAACAUGAUGAAUAGGUUCUUAAUAAGUUUUUAAUAAACAUUAUUUAAAAAUAAAAAAUAAAACGUAGGGAGGCCCGUUGGGGUAGUGGUAAGGCGCAGGUCCCGGCUGACUAGUGCCAAAAUCCCAUCUGGACAGUUUCCCAGUAGAAAAGACUGACUAAUCGGUUACGUGGUAAAAUAAGUUUAAUACGCCGCCUUACAAAACAAACAGUUAGUUCAGUUUUUGCACAUUUUUGUUUAGCUCAUCAUUUGUAGAUUCAGUGUUCUCCAUUGCCCAUUCGACGCAUUUCGAUCCCUGGGUAUGUUCGAUGCAAAAUCGUCAUAGAUAAAUUGUGAGAUAUUAUCCACGCUUGCGAUUGAAUUAGAAUUAUUCGAGCAUGAGGCCACUCUAACAAACGUAUGCAUUUUGUACUAUCGUUUCCAUCACUUUUUUCUUAUUUCCUUUCGUUGCUCAUCACCACUUUGAAAUCGUUUCAAUUCAUUUAGCACAUAGUAACAUUGCCUUUUUAUGAUACAAUAUUAUAAAAGUUCCGCACCAAAAAAUGAGCAAAAUAAGCGGGAUGCUGCGGACGCACUAACUGUCAGUUAAAACAUGUGCGAAAACUGAAAGCUAGGUCAGGGCCCCAAGCUCGAAUCAAUUAUUCCAGCAGCAAAUCCUCUAGAAUUUCGAAGAUAUUUAUGCCUCAGUACGGAGCCUUGUACUCGGAGGCUUCAGUACGAGGUCCGUUUCAUUUUGGGGCCUUCCUCAGUUUGGGCCCCCUGCAAAAGAUUAGUAUGCUUACCGUUACACUCGCCACUGAGUACAGAUCUGCGUGAUGUAGUUGGUUUAAAAUUCGGCCUGAUACAGGCAGUUAUCUACGGGGCGUAUGCUGCCAAACAAGGACUGAAACUCACAGUACUGGGAACGGUGAAAUGUUUGAGCGUUAUUCCCUAAGACAAUUGUAGCUGGAACACAAACAACUUUUGAAAGGGACGAUGUCGAAUUAUUGUCUUAGAUACUAUGGUUGGCGUGUUGAGCUCAACCGUUAUCCAUUGUUUGUAACUAGCACAUUGCGAAACGGUUGUUUAAUUUAUAAAGUACUACGAUCAAAAACACUCUUAGCUUUAGGAUAGAUUAUUAGCGUAAUUUACAGUAGAUAUAGUUGGCACAUUUUAAUACAUAUCCAUUACCAAAAGUA